AUGUCGGGUGUAUUAGCUACUUUGGCAGGUGCAGGUAUUGGCGCUGCUGGAACUGCGAUAAGUAAUCAACAGAAUAUGGAAAAUCAACGUAAGUUGAUGAAUAAGGCAAAUAAGCAGGCUCAACAAAAUCAACGUAACGCUUAUGUAAAUCAAGCUGAUGGUAUGAGGCGUGCUGGUAUUUCUACGGCACUUCUUGCCGGUGGUCAACCACAAACAGCCGUAGCAACAGCUCCGUCUACUCCGCAAGCCGAUUAUGCUGGUGGUAUGAAGACGGGCGGAGACAUU